AUAACAUUACGGUCUCGUGGUCAACAUUAUGUAAUCGGCUAGACUGUAUUAUAUAAGGUAGAAUAACACGUGUACUGAAUAACCCACGUCUAAGAGUUUCGACUAAACAAAGGGCUAUAUAUAUUACGCAAUGAUGGAUGUUGAACGACGUGAGGUCAAGGCAGAGCCACUUAGUCCGCCACAAACAGAUGAAGAAUCUUCUGCAAACCAACCAAGUCCUCAUUCUGCCCCCAGUGAACAUUCCAUAAUAAAUGGGCAUAUUUCCGAUGAGUCAGAUGCUCCUCUAGACUUUUCUCUCAAGAGAAAGAGUAGCACAGAAGAUACAGACAGUGAACAUGAUAUAAAAUCAAAAAUCAAAGUUGAACCGAGUGAAGAUAAGUAUGCAAAGAUAGGACAACCUCAGUUGGCCUCACCUGGUAGUAUCCCAGGGACUGUCAAUGGUCACAGCUUUGGCACAGGAGGUGUCGUCUUCCCAGGUAUGUCACCGGGGUCUGCUCAUGCAAAUGUAGAUGAUGAUGGUCAGGAAGGAAUGAAUAACAACCAGAGGCCAUUCAAGGUCUACCCAAAAACUGAAGGUGUAUCACUACCCAUUGGAUAUUAUGGCAUCCCAGGUCUAAGUAUGCCUGGUGGCGAACAGACCAACGGCACUGCUCAAUCCAUGACAGCUAUGUCAGAAGAACUUUUCAAUCAAUACCGACAGCAGAUAUUACAGGCUCAGGAAUCACUUAAACAUUUGACUGAUAAGAAAAGUCGCCUAAAAAUUGACCCAACCUCUAUCCUGGCUAAUUCUACCUCUUUGGCAUCAAUGGCAGCAGCAGCUGCAGCUGUGAAUGGCACAAGUAGUGGCACCACAUCUACCUCACCCCCAUCCCUUCUGCUCACCACAUCCGGAGCUUCAUCUUCCGCAAGCUCAACCCCUUCUUCCUCCCCUGCCCCUUCUGUGCCUUCUUUACCAAUGAUGCGUGCGACCCCACAGAAAUCGAACAGAAAACGUCCAAACGUUCUGCCGGACAACCAAAAGGAUGCUGCCUACUGGGAAAGACGUCGGAAGAAUAACGAUGCUGCAAAGAGGUCCAGAGAUGCAAGAAGGGCCAAGGAAGACGAAAUAGCUAUCCGAGCUGCAUUCCUUGAACAAGAAAAUUUAAAGCUGAGAGUAGAAGUGGCUGCUCUAAAAAACGAGACUGCAAAAUUAAGAUGUAUGCUCUACAAUAGUUAGAGGAUACAUGUACUGUGUGGAGGGGUAUGCUUUACACAUUUUAGGUGAGAUAAGUGAAUUCAAGUAUUUAUGUUAACUACCAUAAAAUAUUUUUAUUUGCAACGCUUAGUUAUAAUCACUUCACCGGAACAAUAACAAAACCAUAUACAACACAAUUCGAUGUAGAUCUUUUUAAAAGGAUGCCAGAAAAUAGUUCAUUUAUAUUAUCAUAAUAGGUUAAUGAGAUCGAUAUUCAGCGCAAAUAACUGUCAUUGAGAAAGAUAAUACUAUGUCGUUAUAAAUGCAUUCAUUUUUAUGGC